AUGAUUCUUCCAGCUACUCGUAUUUUGAAGCAAAAACCCAGUAUUUGGGUGGAAAUUAAUCAUGCGGUGGCUAAAUACAAACCAGUCAAUUUAGGUCAGGGUUUUCCGGACAUUCUUCCAAAACAACAUGUUCUUGAAAGUUUAACCAUGCUUGGAAAACCCGAUGUUAGCCCAUUUCUUCAUCAAUACACCAGAUCUAUGGGUCAUCCGCGUUUAGUGACUGUGUUAUCUAAACUGUAUACAAGUUUUUUAAGAUGCGAUCGUAAACUGUACGGUGAAUCUGGGAGUCUUCAAGUAGACUCAUUUGGACCAGACAGAGAAAUUGAUCCUUUAAAAGAAGUUAUUAUUACUGUUGGUGCUUACGGUUCACUGUUUACGGCUAUUUCAGCACUAGUUAAUCCUGAUGAUGAAGUGAUAAUUAUGGAUCCAAGUUUUGAUUGUUAUACUCCAAUGACAAUAAUGGCUGGUGGUGUACCGAUUUAUGUACCACUUCGACCGCAAUUAGACGACGGUGAAGAAUUAAUCAGUGAUUGUUGGAAAUUAGAUAUCAAAGAAUUGGAAUCGAAAAUUACAUCAAAAACCAAAGUGUUGCUAUUAAACACACCACAUAAUCCUUUGGGUAAAGUAUUUAAUAGAGAAGAAUUGGAAAGUAUCGCUGAUGUAUGUAUUCGUCAUAAUUUGGUGUGUAUUUCAGAUGAAGUUUAUGAAUGGUUAGUAUUUCCGCCUAAUCAUCAUAUUAAAAUCGCCUCUUUGCCUGGUAUGUGGUCACGUACCCUGACUAUUGGAAGUGCUGGCAAAACAUUCAGUGUAACCGGUUGGAAACUAGGUUGGACAAUUGGACCAGCUAAUUUAAUACAGGCUAUGCAAUUGCAUCAACAAAAUACAGUGUAUACAUGUCCAACUCCUUUACAAGAAGCUGUUGCACGAAGUUUAGAGAUUGAAUUACCGUUAUUGAAUACACAUGAAUCGUAUUUUAAUGAGAUGUGUGCAUUGAUUGAACCGAAAGGUCGAAAUAUGGUUAAGAAAUUGAAUGAAAUAGGAAUGAUAGCAGUAAAACCCACUGGAGGAUAUUUCCUCGUGGCAGAUAUCUCCAAAUUGUAUGUCCCAUCGAAUGAAUUGGAUAAAAAUGAAUCAUUAUCGUAUGAUGUCAAAUUUAAUAAUUGGAUGAUGCAAAAUAAAGGUGUUUCUGCUAUUCCAAUGAGUGUGUUUUAUUCAACAUCUAAUCAACAUCUUGGUUCAAAAUAUUUACGAUUCUGUUUUUUCAAAGAGGAUUCAACAUUGAAUUCGGCAUAUGAAAUUUUGAAGAAAUGGUAA